GCUACCAAUCAAGUAUUGAACAGAACAUCACUUCAGGUUUCUGGGUACCUCUUUCUUUCUUGUUCGUGAUCGCGCAACAGUAACGAGCACAAUGGCUGACGGUGAAGAAACUUUGAAAAAGAAGAGGACCUUCAGGAAGUUCACCUUCCGAGGAGUUGAUCUUGACCAACUCCUGGACAUGCCCAAUGAGCAGUUGAUGGAAUUAAUGCACGCUCGUGUCCGAAGACGUUUUGCCCGUGGAUUAAAACGCAAACCAAUGGCUUUAGUCAAGAAAUUGCGUAAAGCUAAGAAAGAAGCUCCACCAAAUGAAAAGCCAGAAAUUGUCAAGACCCACUUAAGAAAUAUGGUCAUCGUUCCUGAAAUGGUCGGUUCAAUCGUUGGUAUUUACAACGGCAAAACAUUCAAUCAAGUUGAAGUUAAACCUGAAAUGAUUGGACACUACUUAGGUGAAUUUUCAGUCACUUACAAACCUGUCAAACACGGUCGCCCUGGUAUUGGUGCCACCCACAGCUCUCGUUUUAUUCCAUUGAAGUAAAUAAAAGUAAUGAUCUUUACUAUACAUUA